AUGUGGGUGUCGGUGCUGCUGUGCUUGCUGGUAGCGGUGACGACCGCACACCCCCCGCACCGCCACCCCUGCGCCGGCGCCGGAGAACUCGCCAACGCCUGCUACCCGCACUGCGUGCGUUCGCACACAGCAGGGGAGCUGGUGCUGCGGCUGGGCGAGUACAACCUUUCGUCGACGACCGACGGGCAUCACCAGGACUUUGCCGUGCUGCGCAGCAUCGCGCAUCCGAACUCGCGCAGACGACAGAACGAUCUGGCGCUGCUGCGGCUGGACGGCACGGUCACCUUCAGCAGGCUUAUGCAGCCCAUCUGCUUGCCGGAGGCGGACAAAACGACCGACGGCAACGGCGACUAUCUGCUGUGCGAGGCCACCUAUCGCCAGCUGCCGAGCUUCGACGACUCGUUCCCGGACGGCGGCUUCAACGGCACCAAGCUGUGCGCGGCGGACCCGGAGCAGGCCGGCGCCGACGCCUGCCUCGGCGACUCGGGCGGGCCUCUCACCGUGUUCAGAUCCGACGGCUGGUACGAGCUCAGCGGACUCGUGUCGUUCGGCGUCGGCUGCGGAGAUCCAGACUUCCCCGGUGUGUACACGCGCGUCUCCAGCUACGUGGACUGGGUGGUCGACAUGAUAGCCAGCGAGAAGGGCCCGCACACCUCUGACCACGCACACGUCUGA